AUGGUAACCAAAUCACGAAAAUCGCCGAAAACCAACGAAAACGAAUUCUCAAUUUUGAUUGGUCGAACGGAAAGCAUUUACCUCGAGUAUUACGUGAACAGCGCCAAAUUUAUGUGCGGGGGGUCACUUUUAUCCGUUGAAACCGUUUUGACAGCUGGACAUUGUUGCGCGGAUGCAAUCUCGAUCACCGCUUAUUCCGGUUUUAUAAGAAACAACCGAAAUUACGACCAAACCUCGAACGCGAUCAUCCCACCAAAAUUACACCCUAACUUCACAUCGUACACUUUAGAAAGCGAUCUUUGCAUCAUCCAAUUGGAAAAACCGUUUAAGUUAACGAAACGCACGAAAUUAGUUACUUUAUCCCCGAAAAAAAUGUUGCACGAAAUGAUGGAGAACGAAAACGAAUCGAAACUUUAUGAACUACAAUUGAUGGGGUACGGGGUGAAUAAACAAGACGAUGGCGGGGAAUAUUUAGUUGAUGACUCCCUUGGGUUUCAAUGCACCAACAGCUAUUUGAGGACGCAAAAAAAAUGCCUCGAAGAAAUUAACGACUCCACCGAGCGCUCGAAAUACAGCGUGAAAACGAUGUUUUGCCAUUACAACCCCGAGAAUAAUCGCACGAAAGGAAGUUGCGAAGGCGAUAGCGGAUCUCCGAUUAUCUACGGAAACACUCAGGUUGGCCUGAUUUCUUGGGGGCCCAACGAAGAGGUUUGUACAAAGCGAAUGGAGGUGGCUGCGAGGUUAGAUGUCUAUUACGAUUGGAUACAACAAAAUGGGAUUAAAAAGAGGUUGAGGGGGUUUAGAUCGGGGUUAAAUCACACUUAG